AUGAGUUUCCCCUUAGAUCUUGAGCUGCCCUGGGUGGAGAAGUACCGUCCAGUGACGUUGGACGAAGUUGUUGGGAACAAGGAGACGAUUAGGGCGUUGAAGAGGAUGGCCAUUGACGGGAACCUACCGCAUCUCAUCAUCAGCGGGAUGCCAGGGAUUGGCAAGACGACUGCGGUGCUGUGUCUUGCGAGGGAGCUGUUUGAUGGGGAUGUGAAGGUGAUGAGGGAGGCCGUGCUAGAAUUGAAUGCUAGUGAUGACAGAGGGAUUGAAGUUGUUCGAAACAUGAUCAAGACUUUUGCUCAAAAGAAGGUCAACCUAAGACAUAACCGACACAAGAUUGUCAUAUUAGAUGAGGCAGAUUCAAUUACUGCCAGUGCACAACAGGCAUUGAGACGAACCAUGGAGAUCUAUUCCAAUAGCACCAGGUUUGUCUUCUCGUGUAAUCAAUCCAGCAAGAUCAUCGAGCCAUUACAAUCGAGAUGUUCCAUUUUACGCUUUAACAAGCUCAACGACGAGGAUGUUCUAGCCAAUUUGAACCGUAUCAUUAAGGGGGAGAAAAUAGAGACAGUUACAGAUGAUGGGUUGAGUGCCUUAAUCUUCACCAGUGAUGGAGACAUGCGCCAGGCAGUCAACAAUCUACAGAGCGUCUACUAUGGGUUCCAUAUGGUGAACUCGGAGAAUGUCUUUAAGAUUGUCGAUACUCCCAAUCCUUUGCUUGUGCGUCGCAUGUUACAACAGGCACUCUUGGGGGACAUUGACGGCGCUUUAGCAGUACUACAAGGGCUAUGGGGGAAAGGGUACUCUGCAGUGGACAUUGUCAAUGUGUGUUUCCGUGUGAGCAAGACCCUAGAUAUUGCCAAUAAUACUAAUAGUAGUACUAAUAGUAAUAACAAGAUAGAUCAUGAGAGUGUAUUAUCUGUUUUGAGGUUAGUUGGAGAGUGUCAGUUGCGUUUAGUUGAGGGCGUUUCAACGUAUUUGCAGCUUGCGGCGUUGAUGGCGCGACUUUCAGAGAUUUCUAAUUAG